AUGUAUCCGUCCCUUCCUCGUCCUCAUGAGCGGAGAGAGGGCGUGGGCCACGCCACUAGUAGCGGCGACAGCGGUGGCGGCGACGGCGACGCGGACGAUGGAGGCAUGUCUGGCUCUGAAUACGGAUCUCCCGGUCAGACAGGCGAGACUAGCGAAUCGUCUAGCGCUCAUGGUACGCAAGUGGCAACACCCAAUCUCAUGGACGGCAGGACAAGUGCUUCUUCGUAUGGCACCGGAGGUGGUAAGGCGAUGAAGAUUACUAGCGGGCUAUUCGAAGGCAAUCUUCUCGGUGGAGGUACACGUCCAGAAGUGUAUGGCACCAGUGUCUACGGCAGUGGUUACCCAAAGGGUUAUACAAGUCACGAUCUCCCAUUCUAUUUCUUUCCCAUCGUAUGGGGCGCUGGCGCGACGGCCGGGACAACUACUUAUCCUCUUUACCUCAAUCGGACAACGGAGUUUGGGCAACCUACGAACUCCUCGCGACCCGGCGGCCCCCUCAUGCAAGCAACACUACGAACCAACGCGAGCGACGAUGUGUUCCACUUUCUCGCGGAUAACACUACGGUGUACACACUUCUACCCAUCCUUCGCUCGAAUUGCUCCGCGUACGGACACCUCAACGCGAACACUUCAUCUUUGGCACCAUACGCCUAUAUGGGUGCAAACGCCAGCGACCCGCUCCCCGUCGAUGCUCUACAGUACUACCGUUCAAGUUCAGCGGUGUUGACGCUGGAGGGAUACAAUAAUACGGUUGUCUUGAGCUCUACUCCGAAUGCGACGGCCAAAGCACUGCCUGCGAACGUGGAUGUCAUGACUUUGUCAUGUUUAAACGAUACUAUCGGAGCCGCCGUUCCACUCGUCAAUCCGCCAACCGUGAAGCCACCUCUUUCUGCGGGUGCCAUCGUCGGCAUUGUCAUCGGCAGUUUGAUUGGAGCGUUCUUGUGUUGUUAUAGCUGCGGUGUGGCCUGGGCUGUCGUCAAAUACACGCCGGUGCUAGAUCGCAUAGAGGCGCGCCAGGAACGGAACCGACAAGCACACUCGCUGGAUAAUGACGUACAUCUUCCUGAUAGAGCUCAUCCAACGGCGGCAAACCCUGCGCAACCUGCAGCGCAGGAGGAUAACACCAAAGAACCGAAUGCACGUCCUACUGCAGGACCAUAG